CCGUGUUGUGGUGACGUCAUGAGCGUCUUGCUACCCAACAUGGCGGACUUUGAUACCAUAUACGAGUUAGAUGAAGAAGAGGAGGAGGAGAGCGAGGACCGGGAAACGGGCACCGGCCGGGUGGUGGACGAGGAGUACCUGGUUAGAUACGCGCCGGAUCCUGUGGUGGUGAGGGGAGCCGGACACAUUACCGUAUUUGGUUUAAGCAACAAGUUUGAUGCAGAAUUCCCCUCUAUCUUAACAGGAAAGGUCGCCCCUGAAGAGUUUAAAAUCACAAUGGGACGCUUGAAUACAUGCUUAAGGAAGAAUCUCCCUCUCAAUGUGAAGUGGCUGCUAUGUGGCUGUAUUUGCUGCUGUUGUACAUUAGGCUUAAGUUUGUGGCCUGUUAUAUGCCUGAACAAAAGGACAAGAAGAUCUAUUUACAAAUUGUUGGAUUGGGAGAACAACCGGUUAUACCACAAACUCGGUUUGCACUGGAAACUGAGCCGAAGGAAAUGUGAAUCAAACAAUAUGAUGGAAUAUGUCAUAUUAAUAGAAUUCUUACCAAAGUAUCCAAUUUUUCGACCGGACUGAAGAGAGCUUGUCCCCACUUCAUUUCAUGUUUUUGUUACUUGUCAUUCCUACCCUUAGUGCCUUUUAGAUGGUUUUGGAAAGAUAAGGUAUACUGUACAUCUGUUGUGUUUUACAAACACAAAAAGGAGGUCUUUUGUAUAGCUGUAUGGUAACCUAAUAGAGUGGUAUUUUUAUUAUGUGUAGAGAAGAAGAAAAUUUGCACACUUCAUUUUUUUAUGUUAAGGGAAGCUUUCUGUGUUGCACUUCAUUUUACCCCGUACAGUGAAAACGUGUCAAGCAGCUUGUGUCACUGUAGCCACCUCACACUGGCGGGGGUUGCAUAUAUGUGUGUUUACAUACUAUGUAUAUAUGUUUAUACACAUCCCUGUAUAUAGUUAAAAUUAGGGGUGUACAUUAGUGCUGCUUUGAAUCUAGCUUGUUGCCUUACCGUUCCUACAUAUUGUUUUUACUAGUACUUACCUAGCCAAUUGUGUCAGCUCAUUUCCUUUACAAAACUGCUGCAAGAUGGAACCAUUUUUUUUCUAUUAUAAAUAACACCGUUUAUUCUAAUUGGUCAUUCAGCAUAACGAACUCAAACUUGCAGUCAUAAAUUUCAAGUAUCUGUUAAAGGUUUAGGCUCCAUGCAUUUUGGGAUGAAUCUAUCUAUACAAGCUAUAAUUUCCUAUAUUCAAAGUGAUUUAUAGUGUCAAAAUGAAGUAUAGAUAUAUAUACUGCAAGCCGCAGAAGAUUAUUUAACCAAAAACUGUAAAUAUUGCCUUUUUUUUUAUUUUUUUUU